AUCCGCCAGAUUUCUGAGGAUAUAGUCGAAAAACUUCCAGAUGAGUUCCCAAUGACAGAACUGUAUGGCAAGGUAUCGGAAGAGGCUGGUGUGGUACCUUUCACUGCUGUCGCUUUACAAGAAUGUGAGAGAAUGAAUGCCUUGUUACAAGAAAUUAGAAUCUCCCUCAGAGAUAUUGAGCGGGGAUUAAAAGGAGAAAUGCCAUGGAGUGAAGAGAUGGAAGACCUUGGUGACGCUUUAGCCGCUGAUGUAGUACCUCGAUCAUGGGCUAUGAAGGCAUAUCCAUCCUUGCUACCUCUCGGUUCAUGGUUUUCGGAUCUCUUACAAAGACGAAGAGCUAUAGACCGAUGGGUGGUUACAGAUUUCGUUUUACCUCCUACCACGUGGCUUGGUGGUUUGUUCAGCCCCCAGUCCUUUCUCACUGCUGUUAUCCAGACAUCGGGUAGGAAGCAUGACCUUCCGCUAGACAAGUUGUCCAUCCAUUGCGAAGUAACCAAGAAGAGUCCAGAUGAGUUCCUGACCACACCCAGAGAAGGAGCUAACAUUUGUGGGCUCUACAUGGAGGGCGGACGAUGGGACUUUGCCAGCGGCUGCAUUGUGGAUCCUAUUCUAAAAGACUUGCAUCCACCAAUGCCGGUCAUUUGCCUGAAGUCUGUGCUGUCGGACAAAGUAGAUGUUCGAAAUGCCUAUAAUUGCCCCGUAUAUAGGACACGGCAGAGAGGUUCGACCUUUGUUUGGGAAUUCCCACUAAAAACCAACGAUCCACCAGACAAGUGGGUUAUUGCUGGAACAGCUCUGUUGCUACAGAUUUAAGAGCAAUAACAUAGAAAGAAAAAACGAAUACUUUAACAAAACUCUCGAAUUAUUCGUUCAGUAAAAAAUCCCAUUAUAGACUUUAAAAUAUAAUUCUCUGCUCUUGAUACAAUAAUGGAAAUGAAAUUAAGAUUAUUUUAAUCUCACCUCAAAUUACAUACCAUGAUUUUUUUUUUUUUUAAUUACGACAAAAUAAGAUUAUUGGUAAACAUACAGCUAAUUUAACUUUGACAUUUGCCCGAAAAAAUAUUAUAUUAUUAACUUGAAAUAUUUAUAUACCUUUUUGGCGAAAUUAAGAUCGCCUGAUAUAUUUUUGAGGAAGGCAAGAACUCAUUGAAAGAUUUAAAACAUAUAUAUGACAGAAAUAAAGCAAUAUAUGUUGGAAAAAUUGGAAGGUGAUAUAAAGAUAAACGUAAAAAUAUAAUGAAAUAUAGAAAAUAAAUACAGAAAAUAAACAUACUGAAAACGUUGCAUAAAUGCGCAAUGUAUAGAACGGUAAUACAUAGAAGUAUGGAAAUAUGAGUAUUGUUAAAGGACAAAAGGAAAUACGAUUAAAUAUAUAAUUUAGUUUCAGAACAAAUACCGGAAACAAUAUGAACUAGAGAAAUAUGAGAAGUGAAAUUUUAAUAGAAAGUUGAUAUAUAAAAUAGUAACAUAGAAAAUAGGUGAUUAGAGGACGAUAUAGAGUAUAGAGCUAUGUAUAACAGUAGAGAGCAAAAGAAACAAACGCAUGUAAUUUAAAAAUUAGCAGUAUGAUGUUGAUGAUAUGUGUACGGAAGAUGAUACAAACAAAAGAAAUAUAAUUAAAGUGGAGAACAGAGAAUAUAUUAAAAUAUUAAAGAAAUUAGAUGUGUAGAAUAGAAGAUACGUAUACGGAAGAUGAUAUGAAAUACGGAGAAUAUCAGAGAAUAAAAGCAUAAUAUAAAUAAUAAAGAAAAUAGAUUCAGGGAAUGGAAGAUGCGUAUGCGGAAGAUCACACAGAACAGAGAAAUAAAAGAAAAUUAUGGAACGAAGAACACACUGAAGUGUUAAAGAAAUUAGAUUUUUGUAUUAAAACAUAUGUUUAUGAAAGAUAAUAUGAUAUAUACGUUCCAAAUAUUUUAGAAAUUAGUUGUACAGCAUUAUAAUUAAUAUGUGUAUGGAAAUGACAUAGAAUAGAGAAGAUAAACGUGAUAGAAUAAAAAAUGCAAACCUAACUGUUAUAGACAUUAGACGUACGGAAUACAUAACAUAGAAAUCGAAAAUGAAUUAUAAAGGAAUGUUGAAUAAACAAAAUAUAUCUAGAGAAGUGAAAUGAUUACAGAACAGAUAGAAAAAUACCACGGAAAGAAGAAUAGCCAGAUUUAUUAUAGAACUUAAACGUGCGGGGAAAAAAAAACAUGCGCAUGGAAAUUUAUAUACCACAUAGAAGUAUGCAGUAUAUAUAGAAGAACAAGCAUAAAUAUCAUAGAAAUUAGAUGUAACUGUAAUUGUUAUAGUAAACAGAAUAAAUAAAAAUUCCAUAGAAUAUAUAAUGCAUGGACCAGAAAAUAUUAAUUAUCAGAGAAUUUUAUGAAUAUUAUGCAUCUGGAAAUUAUUUUAUGGAAUGCAAUGAAGAAAUAAAUAAGGAGAAAGAUUUAACAGCUACAUUAAAUGCCUGUCGAUUAAAACAUAUUUUUAUAAAGACUUGAUCGAUGUAUACAUAUCACUACAAUAAAAAAUGCCAAUAUUUUAAAAUAUUACAAAAAGUUCUGCAUAGGAAUUUUUAUUAUAAAGAAUUAAUUGUAAGAAAAGUGUUUGCAGAACCUAAUACUAUUUAUUAAUUAAAAACUUAAAUAAUGGACUCGUAAUAACAGUAAAUUACAAGAAACAGUUAUAAAGAUGCAAUAACUUUAUUUAUUUAUGCCUUUAAAAUCAUAGAUUCAUAACACAAAUAUGAAUUUUAUGUGAAAAGGUCAGGAUAUAAUUGUUAAACCAUAGGAUAUUUUCAUUUAAAGAAAUCGUAAUGCUAAUGCAACUUUCUUUGUUUUAAAAAUUUAUUAAACUAACUCUUUCCACUCAUAAUGACAGAAACUGAAUAUUCGUCAAUAAACUGAUUCAGAGUCAUCAAGCAGCGAUAUCAAGCAGUUUUAAUCUUAAGAAAACGAAUGCAUUGUAAGUGGAAAUGAGGCUUAAAAUUUUAGCUGGAAAAGAAAUGCAGAUAUUGAUUUCAAAUGUCUAGAAAGUUUUAUGUACAAUAUAGUUUCUUUCAACCAUUCACAUUAAUAUUUGAUCGAAAUAUGUAGUUUUAAAUUGCUCCAACAAACUUCAGAAUUUUGUUAAAUCAAAGUUACUGAACUAGUAGAUAUGUUUGUCAAUGAAGCGAUAUAAUAUACACAAUGUUUAUACAUUGCAGUGAAACAAUCUGCCUCUAAGUCUUCCUUCAAAAGAGAAAAGAUAUAUAUAUACAUAAUUGCAAUAUUUUUUUACUAAACUUUCAUCGAACUAACCAAAAUGAAAUAACUUUUUACUCUUGACAACUAUUUUUAAAAUUUUUCAGACAGCCACUUUUUAAAAUUUUUAAAUUGAAUCUUGUAUUAUCCUGACCUUCACCGGAACUAUUGCGCAUAAUAAUAUGUACCAUUUUUACUUACUGUUGUUAAAAAUUAAUGUCAAUGAAAAAUAAAAUUUUUUUAAUAUCUUCUGAAUACAAAUAAAAAAAGUAGAAAUUUGGUGUUGCAUUUGUGCGUUUAUUUCUAGUUUAAACUAUUUUAUUAAAUUUUUUACACUUUACAUAUCCUCACCAUAUUCAUUUACUUCGUUGAAUUCACUUCUCACUAGAUGGCACCACUACCAACCAGACUCCUCCCUUCGAUCAACAGCAAGCAUCGCAGUAAUUUCUCGAUAAAAUUUGCUGCAUGCAUUUGUUCAAAAAUGGAGAAAUAAAAGUAUCUCAGAUUCAUAAAGUUUACAUCACUUAGCUUUUGCGAAAGACUAAUUCACUGACACCUAAUUCAGUUAUGUGUAGGGAAGUUUGACUGCUUAAGAAAAUGAAUGAAAAAACGAAAUGUUUUUCAGCAUAAGCAAUCAAGGAUUCUGUCAUAUAUUAAGCCUUUUAUAUCCGCAUUAGCAAGAUACAACCUGGUCUCUCGAUACGAUGUCAGCUAGAAGAAAAACCACGUUUACUUAUUCCAAAAAUAUAAGUAACGAACUUUCUCUUAACUCUACCUCCAUCGCCCACAAAAGAAAUAACAUUGCUAAAAGCCCAACUAAGCCUUUCUGAUUGUGCUCAGGGUUUUUCUCAAUUUUGAAAGGUGAAUCCUGUUCAUCUGCACUGAUAAAAUUUUAGAAUAUGCCUCAAAGAGAUUUCUAUUUAAUUAUUUAUUUCUGAGGCUACACUGCAUUUGUCAUUCCUGUUCAUCUGUACUGAGUAUUUAAUCAUAUAAAUUUUUUUAAUCAAAUUUUAGAAUAUGCCUCAUAAAUACGAACCAGUUAUU